AUGCCAUCUGCUAUCAUCACUGGCGCGACAGGUAUCCUUGGCCGCGAGAUUGUGACCGAGCUCGGCCAAAACCCCCAGCAAUGGCCUACUGUGCACGCGCUGUCCCGCUCCAAGAAGGACACCUACCCCGAAAAUGUCAUCCACAACCACAUUGACCUGACCGGCAACGCCGAGGAAAUGGCCAAAGACCUGAAGAAUGUCGAGGGAGAAUACAUCUUCUUCUCGGCAUAUCUGCAAAAGACCACCGAGGAGGACAACACCAAGGUUAAUGGCGACAUGCUCGAAAACUUCCUCAAGGCCCUCGAGAUCAACGGCAGCAUCUCCAAAGUCAAGCGCAUCAUCCUCGUCACCGGCUGCAAGCAAUACGGCGUGCACCUCGGCGCGACCAAAAACCCAAUGGUGGAAACAGACCCAUGGCUUCCAGAGCCUCGCUACCCCCCGAACUUCUACUACCGCCAGCAGAUGAUCCUGCAAACCUACAGCCAAAACCACAACCUCGAAUGGGUAGUGACGUACCCGAACGACGUGAUCGGCUUCGCCAAAGGCAACUUCAUGAACCUCGCCACGUCGGUGGGGCUAUACGCGGCCGUGAGCAAAGAGCUAGGCCACUCACUCGCCUUCCCGGGCAGCGCACGCUUCUACACCGGCUUCGACUGCUUCACGCACUCGCGCCUACACGCCCAGUUCUGCGCCUGGGCGGCGCUGGAGCCGCGCGCCGCGAACCAGGCCUUCAACGUCGUCAACGGCGACACCGAGUCCUGGCAGAACCUGUGGCCGAAGCUGGCGCGCCGCUAUGGCCUCACGGUUGCCCCGGACCAAUUUUCCCGCAAGUCGCCUGACGCCUCGUCUAUGCCGUUGGCGGAGAAGCCGCCCGUCUCGGUCCGUGAGUCCGAGCUGGGUAUUCAGUCGACCCAGAGCGCGGUCGAGGCCGCGAUUGAUCUUGAGACUUGGAGCCAGAAGGCGGAGGUUAAGGAGGCGUGGGACCGGCUGGCUGCGAGGGAGGGCCUGGAGAAGGACGCUUUUGAAAAGGCGACGUGGGCGUUUUUGAAGUUCGUCUUGGGCCGUAACUACGAUUUGGUUAUCAGUAUGAACAAGGCGAGGAGCUGUGGCUGGACGGGCUAUAUUGAUACGUGGGAGAGCUUGGAGAAAACGUUUGAUGAGUUGGAGGAGGCGAAGAUUCUGCCCAAGCACAAGUAA